AUGGUUUUUCCAGAGGCUGAGCUCCCUGUAAUAGAUAUUUCUGUUCUUCAAUCAGAGUUAAGAGAAGGUGAUCCUGAACUUCAGAGGCUGUGCAAUCAAGCAAAAGAAGCUGCCCAACAGUGGGGAGCUUUUCGUGUGGUGAAUCAUGGAGUCGAAAAGGAGCUUCUAAACACAGUGGAUUCAGUUUCUCGAGGUCUUUUCAGUCUUCCACCCCAAGUAAAAGAAAGAGCCGUUUGUCUUCCAUUUGAUGGGUAUUCGAAGGGCGUUGGUCUUUCAUCUGGCGAGGCCAUAUGUUUCCUAGAAGUACAGGCUUCUGAUUCGAUUCAGCAAUAUGCACAAAAGCUAUGGCCCCAAGGAAAUCCUGAAUUUUGGUAUGUUACACAACUUGUUUGA